AUGGAAGCCAAUACACCUGUCGCACCUCCGCGCUCUGAUGCGCCCGAUUCGAGAGCCAGUUUGCAACAUAUACUCGCUGCCGAUCCUACCGUGGCCGUCCAGGCGCAAGAACCCGCAACACCCGCCAAGCCCGCGCAAGAUGCUGUCAAGCAGGAGGAUCAUGAUGAUAGUAUGAACGAGGGCAGAGCUUCGAAGGCGGGCUCUGCAUCCAAAGAGAAAGAAAUCCCCAUGUACACAUCGACCACCACGACCACUCGCCGCAACGCGAACGGCAGCGUCUCGUCAGUCUAUUCGGGCAACAAGAUACGCCACCUGAAGAAGGACGACGGUAUACCGCUGUGGAGGAAGGAUAUCCAGUAUGACUUCCUGCGGUUCGUCUUCGAAGACGAUAAGAAAGUGUUCCACAGAUUUUCUGAUGGGACCUUCGGCUACACAUUUGCAGACAUAUACCUGGACGCCAUGGCGAAGAGCAGCAAGUGCAGCAAGAUUCUGAAGGACAAGCUCCUCACGGAGCGCGCUGCGGCGAUCAAUAUGGCCAUGGUCUGUCUUCUAGUCAACGUUGGAAGGAUGAACACAACCCUCAACUUCUUCCCCGAGAUGCGUGCACAGCUACGGACUUACCACUCUAUACCCUCUCUCCAAGCCCAGCAAGACCCAAACGCCUACAAACAGCUUCAAGACGCGCCUCGCCUAAAAUCAAUUCUCAAAGGCGCCACCGAAGACGUCGAACAGCCCAGCACAAUCGAAGAGGUCAAGGCAGCCAAAGUGCCCCGCACGAACCCCGUCAACCUCAUCUUCGUACUCGCCCAAUAUGCCCCCAAGAUCUCCGAAGUCCAUUUCCCCCCUCCCCGCGACUUCUUCGAUCUAGUUAUGCGGCCCUCCCUCAGCAGCAGAAGCCGCGCGACUGCAUUCCUGUGGUUAAUGUGGUGGUAUCUCGAGAGCGACUUCUCGGUGGAAGAUGCGCAGGAGAACCCCUUCGGACCUGGCCAGUACGGCCAACCGGGCGACGCGACGAACGGCAUGCCUCUCAAGUGCCCGCCUUUCAAGCAUCUCUCAGAAGCCGAGAUCGCAGUGGAGAACGUGGAUACUGAGGAGGAGAAGGAUUUUGGAGAGCAGAAGCGGAAGGAGCGCGUUGUUAUACUUCAAAGCGAUAUGGCGCCGGUUGUUACGGGCCCAAAGCGUGGAGGAAAGAAGGGUCAGUCAGCAUUUCUUAGUCACUCGCCAGUACCUCGAAGAAGGCCUCGGGUAGGGCUUAACCCUCCGGUAGACGAAGGUGGUAGGUUCAGUGCGAACGGCCAGUUGAUCUACGGCUCGACGCCCACUGCCUUCGGAAAAUGGCCAUCUGGUGCGCUGUUGUGGCAUGGCACGCCUAGCUUCACCAACAACCCGGUUUUCUCCGUGGCAUCAGACGACGGAGCAAACACACCAGCGCGAGAGCACCUAUCUCCCGCGCCACAAGGCAGUACAGGACGCGGCUCCGGUAAACCUCUCCUCAGCACCAAACCUUCCAACCUCGACUACCCUUCUGACACCUCACUCAACACCCGCUCAGCCAGCCCUCCGGCUCCAGCCUCCACAGCACCGAAAUCUACUCCCAACAUGCGCAUCAACCAGCUCCUGAACGAAGAAACCCCACCUCCCGCCCCGCCCACAGCGCCCGAGCGCAAAGGCCCAGGCCGCGGCAACUGGGGCCCCCGCCGCGGCGUCCACAGCAACCAUCCCGGCGCCGGCAGCGGGUCGCGCCCCGCCAAGACGAAGGGAGACGCCACCGCGGUUCCGGAAGCGCCGUCGUUAUCGUUAGGCGCCGCAGGAGGAGCAGCAGCCGCCGGAUCCACCGGACCGCACGGAUUCUACCUCCCGCUCAACGGCGCGGAUCCAAGCCACAAGCGCAGCAGGCCGCUGACGGCGCACCAGCAGGCGGUCGAGAAGUACAGGAAAGAGCGCGUGGAUUUCAUCCUCGACAGGCGGCUACGCGAGGAGUUCCGGGCCAAGAGACGGAGGAGGGUGCGCGAGGGCGCGGUCGGCAGGGCGUGGAAGCGGUGUAAAGUCCUGCCGGAUGGGUACGAUACUGAGGAGGACAAUGCGCUAGGCAUGGCGCCUGAGGGUGUGGUGAAUCCGCCGCAGCAGAUCCUCGCGUUUGGGGGGCUAGUACCCGCGAGCUUGGAGUGGGAUGAUUGGGGCGAAGAAGCGCAUGCAUGGCUGCAGGUUAUGCGGCGGGCGGCUAGGAGGCUGGAUAGAUGGGAGGGCGGGACGGGGGAGAGUAGGAAGAGGAGGCAGGUCCUGGGUAGGGAGUUGAGGUAUCAGGACGCAGAGGAGCAGGAGGAGGAGGAGCGGCGGGAGAGGGAGAAGGAGGAGCUUGAAGGGGAUGGGGAUAUGGAUAGGGAGAGGGAGAGCAGUCUGCCGGCCGGGGAUGGGGAGGACGAGCAGAGGGAAGAGGAGCUGGAUGAGAUGGAUAGGGAGCUACUUGGGGAGGUGGACGCGGACGAGACAGAUGAUGAGGAUUAG